AGGAAACAUUGUGGGAAAGGGAGAGAAGGGGAUAAAAAUUUGAGAGGGAAUGGCAAGCAACAGAACCCUAGCAGCAAUAAUCAUAGUGGUGCUAAUGGUUGCCGCCGCGAUGACUGAGUCGUCGGCGGCCAGUGAAGGUGGUUCCGUAGGCUGUCGCAUACCUUGCGAGGAAGAUUGCAAUAAGAAACAUGAUUACAAGAACAGGGAAUAUUGUCAAAUGACUUGUGCAACCACCUGCUACAACAAACCUAUAAUAGAUUUCAUGAUGAAAUUAUUUGCAUCCAACCCCAAAUCAUGAAGAAGACAAGAGAGAUUGUAAUUUCAUCUAUGAAUUGUUACUUUUUGUUGUCAUAAUUGGUGGGAAGAGGUAAUGCUGGUGAUUUUUCUUUCCAUUUGCAAGUAAUCAACAGCCAUUGGAUUG